UUUUUUUUGUUUAGAUGCUUAAGUUUCAAGACAAGCCUUCAAAUACAUUGAAAACUGUAACUAACAUAUGAGCUCAAAGGAAAUACAACAAAAUUUUGCCAUCCUCUUCGGCUCAAUGAAGACACAAUCUGCAGCAAGGAUCCAAUCACUGUUUCCUGUUUUAUUAGCUUCCCUGCUUGUGCUAGGAACAGCACAACUAGUCUUUGACAGCUUGAAGAGUGGCAGAAGCUAUGUUUUUCAGUUUUAUGGCAAGCCAGAGAAGCAAAGGAAAUCAGUUUUUGUUUUGCCAGAAGAUCGGAUGGAUGAUAGUUGCAAUCUGUUUGAAGGGCAAUGGGUGUGGGACAAUGUGUCAUAUCCUCUUUAUAAAGAAAAAAGCUGCCCUUACUUGGUUAAGCAGACUACUUGUCUGAAAAAUGGCAGGCCUGAUUCUUUCUACCAAAACUGGAGGUGGCAGCCUAAUGCAUGCAAACUACCAAGGUUUGAUCCACUGAAGCUAUUGGACAUUUUGAGGGACAAAAGAUUGAUGUUUAUAGGAGACUCAGUUCAGAGAGCCCAAUUUGAAUCAAUGGUCUGUUUGUUACAAUCUGUAAUUCCCAAAGGGAAGAAAUCCUUUCAGAGAGUUCCUCCUAGGAAGAUCUUUAAAGCUAAGGAGUACAAUGCAUCAAUUGAGUACUAUUGGGCUCCAUUCAUUGUGGAAUCUAAUUCAGAUCAUGCAACGAAUCAUACUGUACUAAAACGGCUGGUCAACCUUGACUCCAUAUCUAAACAUGGCAAGAGCUGGGAAGGAGUUGAUGUCCUAGUAUUUGAGAGCUAUGUAUGGUGGAUGUACAAACCUCAGAUCAACGCUACCUACGGAUCCAUGGACAAUGUCGAAGAAUACAAUGUCACCACAGCUUACAGAAUUGCAUUGGAGACUUGGGCAAAUUGGCUAGAAUCCAACAUUAAUCCUCAUUUACAAAAGGUCUUCUUCAUGAGUAUGUCCCCAACACACUUGUGGAGUUGGGAAUGGAAGCCAGGCAGUAAUGAAAACUGCUUCAAUGAGUCUUACCCGAUCCAAGGUUCAUAUUGGGGCACAGGGUCUAAUCUAGCUAUCAUGGAUAUAAUUCAUGAUAUCUUACAAGAACUUAAAAUCAAUGUCACAUUUUUGAACAUCACCCAAUUGUCAGAAUACAGGAAAGAUGCUCAUACAACAGUUUUUGGGGAACGAAGGGGCAGACUCUUGACAAAGAAACAGAGAGCUAACCCAAAAAAUUUUGCUGAUUGCAUUCAUUGGUGCUUACCAGGAGUACCUGAUACAUGGAAUGAGAUUUUGUUUGCAUAUGUGUUGCAGAGUUACCAAAACGUUUUGUAACCUCGCCAGGACAACCCCAAAAUAGUAUUGC